UAAUCCUCAAAAAAAUCUCGGCCAAAAGAUGGGUUCAGUUGAAGCAACAAAACCACAUGCAAUACUAGUUCCAUACCCAGCACAAGGCCAUGUUAAUCCCAUGUUUCAACUAGCCAAACUUUUACACUCCAAAGGCUUUCAAAUUACCUUCGUCAACACCGAGUUCAACCAUUCACGUUUAGUCCGUUCCAAAGGAGAAGACACUCUCAAAGGUCUACCAGAUUUUCGAUUCGAAACCAUACCCGAUGGUUUACCCCCGUCCGAUCGUGAUGCAACGCAAGAUGUUCCUUCCUUGAGUGAUUCUACAAGAAAAACUUGUUUGGCUCCAUUUGUGGAGCUCAUAACUAAGCUAAAUGACUCACCGGAAGUGCCGAAAGUUACUUGCAUAAUUUGUGAUGGAGUGAUGACAUUUGGAAUUAAGGCCGGGGAAAUACUUGGGUUACCAGUGGUCUCCUUUUGGACUGCCUCUGUAUGUGGCUUCGUGGGAUAUUUGCAGUAUACUGAACUCAUCAAACGAGGCAUUGUUCCAUUCAAAGAUGAAAGGUUCCUUAGUGACGGCACUCUCGAUACACCUGUUGAUUGGAUCCCCGGUGUCGACCACAUGCGGCUAAAGGACUUGCCAAACUUCAUGAGAGUUACUGAUGUCAACGAUAUUAUGUUCGAUUUCUUGAAAACAGAAGCCCUCAACUGCUUGAAAUCUUCCGCAAUCAUAUUCAACACAUUUGAUGAAUUUGAAGCUCAAGCAUUAGACCUUAUCGCUCCCAACUCUCCCAACAUUUACACAACAGGUCCACUGCCCUUGCUCUCUAAGCAUCUGCCUGAAAACGGUUAUUUCAAGUCAUUCAGGUCAAGCUUGUGGAAGGAAGACACAGAAUGCCUUAAAUGGCUCGACAAAAGAGAACCCAAUUCAGUCGUGUACGUUAAUUAUGGUAGUGUGACUAUGAUGACUGACCAACAUUUGAAAGAAUUUGCAUGGGGUCUUGCAAAUACCAAAAAGCCAUUUUUAUGGGUGGUUAGACCGGAUGUGGUGAAAGGUAGUGACAAUUCUGCAGACUUACUUGAAGACUUUUUUGAAGAGAUAAAGGAUAGAGCGUUAGUAGUGAGUUGGUGUCCACAGGACAAAGUUCUCUCACACCCAUCCAUUGGUGUUUUUCUAACACAUUGCGGGUGGAAUUCUACGCUAGAAAGCGUAUGCGGUGGCGUGCCUGUAAUUUGUUGGCCUUUCUUUGCUGAGCAACAAACGAAUUGCCGAUAUGCAUGCACAACUUGGGGCAUGGGCAUGGAAGUCAAUGAAGAUGUAAAGCGCGAUGACAUUAAGGCUCUUGUUAAAGAAAUGAUGGAUGGUGAGAAAGGGAUGAAAAUGAGGCAGAAGGCUGAGGAGUGGAAAAAGAAAGCGGAAGAAGCAACGGAUAUUGGAGGAAAAUCUUAUAAUGAUUUUAAUAGAUUGAUUAAGGAGGCUCUCCAUCAUGGUAAUUAGUGAAAAAGUGGGAGGGAAAGCAUGGAUUAUUAAUUACAGAAGUAUUUGUUACCUAUAAUAAAGACAUCAGCCGAGGCUUUCCUGUGUCAAUUCUCAAUAAAUUUAUUCUUCUGAUGUAUUUGUUGUACUUUCAAAAACUAUGAGAUUGUUCCGAUAAUGUAACAAUGAAAACUAUAUGAAGUUCGAUAAUAAUAAUCACUAUCUAUUCCAUA